AUGUUCCUCCAUGUUGUUGGCCAUAACCAGAGGUUCAGGGUCAUUCACAACACGUUCAAGAGAUCAAUGGAGACCAUCUCUAGGUACUUCAAGCAGGAUUGCAUUGGGGCAAUAGAUGGUACUCAUGUCACUGCCAGAGUUCCUAGGUCACAGUCUGCAGCAUACAGGAGGAGGAAGCACUACACAAGCCAGAAUGUGCUUGCUGCUGUUGACUUUGAUCUGAAGUUCACAUAUGUGCUGGCUGGCUGGGAGGGGUCAGCGCAUGAUGCUAACAUUCUCAGUGACAGCAUGAGUCGGCCUGAUGGGAUCAACAUCCCCGACGGCAAGUUCUACCUUGGAGAUGCUGGCUAUGCAUGUCGGCCGGGUAUUCUUCCACCCUUCAAGAAAACAAGGUACCAUCUCAAUGAGUUCUCUGGUAGGAACUAUCCUAGGACUGCACAGGAGCUGUUUAAUCUCAGACACUCCAGCCUUAAAGUAAAUGUUGAGAGGGCAUUUGGAGCUCUGAAGAAUAGGUUUAAGAUCCUGGAUCAGAAGCCAUUCCACCCAUACUCCACUCAGGUUAAGCUUGUUCUUGCUUGUUGCAUUCUGCCUAACUGGAUCCUCCAGUGGGGCUUUGAUGAACACGUGCCUGAGGAGGAAGAGGUCGAGCCUGACGAUGUUGUUAGUUCCGGCCAUGGUGUGGAGGCAUUUGACAAUGACGCUUGA